ACAAAACAAAUACCAGAAUAUGAAAAGUGGAACAUUUCGCAGUACACAGUGGGAUCCCUUCCUGCUGAUAACACAAAUUGUUUCCGUGCAAUGUUGUGUUUAUUUCUCGCUGGGGCUAUUAGUGUUUAUAGCCAAUUUGCUGGCUGGAGAAAACUAUCGACUGGACAACAUCUUUGAAUAUCAUGAGAUACAUGUUUCCGAUUUGGGUGGCCGCCUGAUAAUAUGCGCUUUUGUUACAAAUGCCUUUGUGGGCUCAUUGGCGUUAUGGUGCAUAGUUAGAAGAGCCAAAUUGUGCUUGGACUUUAGCUGCACAUUUCAUCUAUUCCAUUUACUGAUAUGCUGGUGGUAUAACAGUGCAUUCCCCUCGAAUAUCUCAUGGUGGCUAUUGAAUGCCACCACGGCCACUAUUAUGUGCAUAGGUGGGGAAUUUUUAUGUUUAAAGUCUGAACUCAAAGAGAUUCCUGUAGGUUAUUCAGCUUUAAAUCAAAAAUGCGAUGUCUAAA